UUUGAACAGUCCACAGACCAUGGACGCCAACGAACUAAUGAGGAAGAUCACUCAUCUGGAAACAGAAGUAACAGAACAUCGAAUGAGAAGCGACGCGUUCAAAACGAACUUCGAUCGUCUAAAAGUCGAGCAUUCCCAACUCAACGAGGAAAACGAACGCCUACAGAAAGAGAUUUCCGAAAGUCGAGAAAUCCAUCGGUCUGGUGAGGAUCGUUUGCAGCAGUUGAUUGCUAGAGAGAGGCGGGAGAAAGAGGUUGCCAUGGCGGAGUGUGAUGAGUUGAGGUCGCAGAUUAUCACUCCUCAUCGACUCGAGCUUAUCAAGCACCAGCUGGUGGAGAACUUGGAGAGAACGUACAAGGAGAGGACGGACAUGGUGGAGCGGGAAUUGGAAGUUUACAAGAGUAAGUUUAACCAGUUGAGAUAUGAUUGCUCGUUCCUGGAGAGUGAAUUGAACAAUCAAGCUAAAGAACAUUCAGCUGUUGUCAGCGACUUGCAAGCAAGACACAAGAUAGAGAUUGAGACAAUGGUGAAGGAAAAACGAGAGUGGUUGGCAAAGAAAGAGGUAGAAAUGCCUCUAGAGAUUCAGAAACUCCGAACACUACAAAGAGAAAACACCCAGCUACAUGCAAGAGUCAAGGGGUUAUUGAGUGAGCUAGAGGAACUGAACGAGCAACGAGAAUCUUACUCACUGCAGGCUGAACAGGUGUCUCACGUUCAAGCGAGAGAGUUGGCUGAUUGUCAGGCUAUGUGUAAAGCAUUAGAGAUUGAGAGAGAGACAGCACAGCUGCAAUGCCAGCGACUUCAAGACCAGGUGAACAAGGGACUAGAGGACCAGGAGAAACUGGCAUCUCGUGUACACGAACUUGAGAAAGAUAAUCUGUCACUAAAGAGUCGGCUGGACGAAGCUGAUCACAGUCAUCGUGUGGAACAGAGCAAUCUAAAGUUGAGCUUGCUGCAGAGUCGUGGAGAAAUUGAACGAGAAAGAGAUGCUCUGAUGACAGAAGUAGAGUCAAGUAGAACAAAGAUAGAAGUGUUACAGAGAGCAGUAGAUGACAUGACGACAAGAAUAGCAGACAAGGAGAAUGAUGUAAGUCGUCGAGUACAAGUUGCUGUUGAUGAGGAAUUACAACAGUACACAGAACUUGAGCAAGAGAAACUGCAACUGGAAGCUCACGUAGCAGAAAUAGAGAGAGCUCGAGCCGAAGACAUCACAUCACAUCAGUCUGAGCUCGGCCAGCUAGAGGACCGUGUGAGAACUGCAGAGAGUGCAAAGGAGAGUAUUGAAAAAGAGAACAUUCAGUUGAAGUCACAAGUACAACGAGAGAAGAGAAGGGGUGGAGAUCUGGAGGCAGAGCGAGUUCGAUGUCAGGAGCUUCAACAGAAACUGCAACAAUUUCAGACAAAAUACCAAAAUGUUGUAGCCAGCGAGAACGAAUGUCAGUCAAUCAACGACAAGCUGAAGUCAAGACUAGAAUUAAUGAACGAAGAGCUACGGCAGACACACAGUAAUGUGAGACGUCAGGAUGAGGAGAAUGCCAUGGUGGCCGAUAGACAAAAGUUGGCUUGGGAGCAGGAACGUCGUGAGUUGACGAAGAGAAUGGAGGAGUGUGAGCAGCAGAGGUUGGCAAUGAGUGAGAGACUGCAAAAAGCACGGGCUGAUGUGAAGAGGACACAACAACGGUAUCGGAGAAAGAUCGCGCAGGCAAGACAAGACGCCGAGGUGGUUGAGGCAAGGAGUGCUCAACUGGAAGUGGAGAAGAAAGCCGACAAGCAACAACUUGAAGCAGAAAACAACAAGUUGAGAAGACAGUUACGAGAGUUUCAUCGCAAACAGUCAGAAUUUGCGUUUCUGUUGCACAACGGUGCAGAGCAGAGUGGGAUUUUAUCUACAAUGCCAGCCAUUGCCUCCUUUCCUUUAGCAAUGCCCACAGCCUACACUGAUAUUAUUGCACAGGAAAAGAAGAAUCAAAAGGAAUUGGCAGAGGUCCGCGAGCGAAUCGAACGGCUUUCCAGUGCAGCAGACGAUACGAGUCACACUGCUAGCGAAGCAUCUCGUGCAGAGGCCUAGGUCUCACUCAAUGAAUUAGAAACAUUAAGGCUCUGACAUGAAUGAUGUCCAGAAUGUUUUGAAAAUACAUCGGGUUUGUCAAAAUUG